AUGACCAAGAAGAGAAGUUGGAGGGAGAACGAGACUGUGGUACUAACCGAGGAACGUAGUGCCAUCAUUCAGCACAAGUUACCUCAGAAAUUGAAGGACCCUGGGAGCUUCCAAAUCCCUUGUAUCAUAGGGGAAAUCACAGUGGAAAAAGCUUUAUGUGAUUUGGGAGCCAGCAUAAAUCUGAUGUCCUUAGCAAUGUUGAGACGAAUGAGGAUUGAGGAGACCAAACCAACAAGAAUGGCCCUUCAAUUAGCAGAUCGAUCAUUCAAGUUCCCUCAUGGAAUAGUAGAAGACUUGUUGGUGAAGGUGGGAGAUUUUAUCUUCCCAGCAGACUUUGUAGUGUUGGAUAUGGAGGAAGAAGCCAAAGCCUCCAUCAUUUUGGGAAGGCCAUUCUUAGCUACUGCCGGAGCCAUCAUAGAUUUCCAAAAGGGUGAACUUACCCUUAGGCUACAUGAUGAGAAAAUGGUAUUCAACGUAUUCAAGGCCAUGAUCAACCCACAGGAAUAA